AUGGCCGCUGCCAGCUCUCAGGUCAGGCUCUUGGCAACCGUGUGGAAACGGUUGAGAACUCGCCCUGAUGUCGACGAUAUCGUUCUGGAACUUCUCGGUCGCUUCUCCCUGGAAAAGGUGUACGCGGAAUGCGACCCCGAGACCUAUCAGCACCUGGUCAUCGCGCUGUUGGCCCGGCUCAAUGCCAUCUACUCCCUUCAGCGUCUAUCUCUUCCCUCGGAAAAUGACUCGAUCGGCCAGUACUUGGGGUUUUUGGCGAGCUGGGAGGUGGUCAUUCGGUCAGUCGAGUUCGUGCUGCAAGUUAUCACCGAAGGCCGCGAUAGCUUCUGGGAAGCCCGGGCGUUACGAGACAAAUAUCUCGCCGAAUUGCUAUCUGUCGCGCUGCGAAUAUUGAUCCUGCACCCGAAACCCCCCGGGGGACAUCGAAUGAAGGAUCGGAGAGAUCGUUUUGCGCGCAUCCACGGAUCCUUGGAGAAACUAUUCGACAACUAUCCUGGCCCAAAGUCGUUUUUGCUCUGUGUGUGCAAAGAAAUAACAGAUGUCUUGCGUACCGACCCCAAUGCACUUGCGCUUCCGUCCAAACUGCGCUCUGAAUUACCCAGUGUGGCAACGCAAUUGUAUCCUCUGCCAGAAUGUCUAUCGCCUGGUUACGUGUCUACGCUGGUCGAGAAAGAAGAGACAUCAGAGCAAUGGCUAUCCCAGUUCCUUGCUCUCCGAGACGUCUCUCAUUUCGUAGUGGGAGCAUCUAUCCAAUACUUUGUGCAUGAGGGGGUCCUUGACACCGAUUUUCAAGCGUCCUGUGCGCAACUUCGAAACGCGGUCUUAGUCUCGCUGGAUAGCUUUCGAAUACCUCAGAAUUUCUCCAAGCUGGAAAUGAUAGACACCUUCAGUGAGAUUUUCCGAGUCAUCCUGCCCGAUACUCCGAGUGCCAGCAUCGAGGACUCGUCGAGAUUGAUAAUCGACGAAGAAGCCAUGGAUGCGGUUCAUGCCUUUUGCCUCUCUUUUGAUGAGCGUCAAAUCUAUGCAUCUUCAGUUUCCCUCGUUUCACGUUUUUCUAUUGUUAACACUGCCAAACAGGAUCCAGGCGAAGGCCCCAUGAUCAAACUGCCAGAAGGGACAGAGUGUAUUCAGUGUGGAGAGGCAGUAACUGUAGCACGGGAAAUUUCACUUGUUUGGCAAGCUUGGAGUGCUUUCAAACUAGUGGAAUGCAAUGUGGACACGAUUGGCAUGGAACGACACUCGCCAGCUCAAUUCCAACUCCUACCAAAGCCUGGAAUGGGCAUGCCUGCGCAGGGCGGAAUUAACACUCACGUCGACAUAGGAAUUCCAACUUCCAGUGAACAAAGGUUCCCUAAGCAGUCAAGUCCCUACAUGGAGCCCACGGGCUUCUCGAGUUCUGGGACUUUGACCAAGUACCCAUUUUACUCUCCUGACCUCGUAUCCCCAAUUUCUCCCGACCAUUCGCAUAGGUUUGAUUCACCGUUUAGUGAAGGUACCAAACCUAUUUUUCCGUCAUUAAACGAAACAGUUCAAAGCGGCAAUCUGCAUAUUGCUAUAAAUGAAGGAACCCUGCACAACCCACCUGAAGGCACAUUGUCUCCGUCUGGGACAGAAUCAUCGACGAACCGCAUUGAACGCGCAAGUUCAAGAGCAUCGUCCCACCCUAUACCGCCGACACGGGCUCGUACUAUUCUCAACAUAGAUAGAAAGGGUAAGUGGAUUUCUAUACGUAAAAGAGACCCUCCCAUAUCGUCUGCUGGAGAUACGAGCUCCAUCUCUUCUGGAACUCUAGAUCGUCAAAAAAUGGAAGAGAUAUCCCUUAAAGACUUGAUCAAUAGCUCCAAAUUUCACGGCAGAGGCAAGGGGGCCAAAAAUGUGCACGUUUACCUUUCGCAGAACUCAACACAUGCUCUGUUUUGGAUGCAGCCCUCUAUACAUAUAUGGGAUGUUGGCACAUCUCCUCCUACGCCCGUUGGGGCAAUUUCAACGGAGAGUUCUUGUCUGAUGGCUGCCGUGACAAAAACGUACUUAGCGUACGUCAUUGGAACCCGCGAUCAGAAGCUCACGCUCCGCGUGGUGAAUUUGAUCCAACCCACGGCAUUAGUGCUCGAAUACCGUAUGCCGUCGACUCUAUGGUGCAGCAGUAUUGCUAUAAGUCCCAAGGAAAAUUAUGUCGUCGUUGGAUUCGAGAAUGCCACAGUUCGAUUAUUUAGAACCACCGACACUGAGCAGCCAAGAGAGUUUCGUCUUCAUCCGUACCACAAAGAAUGCAAGGAUUGUCCGUCCGUUGACACUUUGGCCUUCUCAACCGAUGGUAUUGUCCUCCUUGGGAGCACCAGAAACCCCAAAAUGGGUUUAAUCCAAGUAUAUAUGUGGUCAUUUCCCUUUAUAGAAUUUCGAGAGCUCACAACUUGCCGUUAUCACGUGCCCUUGCACGAGUCAGAAGACAACGGGGUGUCAACAGCGAUAUAUCGACCCUCAAGCACUCCAGACGAAGCUUUGGUUGGUAUCAGUACAUGGACACAAUCUGGUGUUCCCGUUCUUAUCCAGCCGGGGAAUGGUCAUGUAUCGGAGAUCAAGCCGGAUGGAACUAGGCGCCUGGGCAAUCGUAUUCAAUGCAUGGCUUUUUCGCCAUCUGGAAAUCAAUUAGGCCUGGUAAACGAUAAGGGCAAUUUGUAUCAGCUGUCUAACCUCAAUUCGAGCAUCAUGGAAUGCCGAAAACUGGCUACCUCCAAAGAACUUACAUCGAAAUCCGAGUCGUUCGCCAUGUCAUAUAUGCAAUUGCAUGAAGAAGAAUCAAUUGUCUUAGCGUGGGUUGACAAGGGCGUCGGGUAUAUCAAGAAAGUUCCAAUAACUUCCACAGGCACGGAGUAUCAGAUAACGACCGCUGCCGACGUUCCUCGAAAUCCUUGCUCUGAACUCCCUGACACAAGACCCAAAGAGACCCGCCGCCGGCUACAGGGUUAUAUCUCGUCCAGGAGUAAACAGCCGCAAGUGAAAGCCGUGGAAAUGCCCGCAAACGAUAUCUAUACGACGAAGUGA